GUUGCAACCUAGUAUAUCGACACUGACAAUCAACAAACACACAAUUGCACACUUUUCCUUUCAUUGUUCUAUUGACUUAUUAAUAUUUAUUAAUAUCAAUAAUAAGACUUCAAAAUGACAACAAAAACGAAGCUACCUCGAAAUAAAGUUCCACGGCCAAAGCUGGCUAAACCUCCCUCACAAGUACCUCAGAAUAGACAAUCAUCAUUCACAUCAUUAUCAAGUGCGGAACCACAAACAGCAAGUGGAUUGAAUCAGGAAGCAGAGGAUCAAUUUGAGUUGGAACUUUGUUGGUGUGUUCAACAAUUAGAAGCUGCACUUAUGAAUGUGAAUCUCCAGGAAAAGCAAGUGUACAACAUGACAAAAAGUCUCAAUGUACUUAAAAGCCACAAUGCAUCGCUCAUUAAAAAACGACAAGUUAUGAGGAAUACUUUUGGUGAUUAUCGGACAAAAAUGACUGAAGAUGAGAAGAAAUUUGGUAAAACUACUGGUGUUGUUAAAUUUACAACUGAUAAUAAUAAAGCACAGCAGAAAGCAAUAUUUUUAAAGAAAGCAUCUAGUCUGCUGAAUAGACCUGCUGAAAACAAAGACGAGCCACUGAAUCAAACAAAAACCAUAGCAAUAAUGAAUUCAACUGUGUCAAAUGAACCAUUUAAGUUUAACUUUUGUGUAGAUGAAUUAUGAAAUUACGUUUAAUUAAAAUUAAUUAAAAAACAUUUGUGUGUCAUUGACAAAUCUUAUUUACAGAAUUAUUCAAAAGACACCAAUUUCAUGCAAUAUAUGACUUAUUUACAAAUACCUUUGUACAUAUGUUUGAUAAAAUAACAGGAG